AAAUACGCUUCCAUUGCUACAAUGUGAAGUUUCCGGGCAAGGCGCUUUCAGUUGCAUUCUCGAUUAUCGUGGAUCCCCAAAUCCUUGUGCUUCAGAUCGGUGACGGAGCCGCUUGCUUCGCAGCAGGAUCGACCGGAAGGCGGGCAGCCAGGCGGCAGGUGGCGGCGGCGAGAGCACGGGUGGCACCGCCUGCACGGACGCCGUGGAUCUCGGCGGUUCUUCGCGGGCUUGCGCGAAGCGCGUGCGCGACGAGCUCCGCCGUCCGACUACCAGCGCCUGAGGCAGACAGCACGGAGCGGCGGCGAUGAGCGGCGGCGGCGGGAGCCCCAACAACACGGAGUGGCGCUUCAACCAGACCCUCCGGAACGUGCAAGGAAUGCUCAAAGGACGCAGCUUUCCUGGGAAGGUUUUGCUAACCCGGCGAUCUGAGCCUCUUUCCCCUCCUGAUUAUUCUCCAAGAUUUGAGAGUGAGCACGACGAAGAUGAGCGCAAGGAGGGUUCUCAGGAGGGAGAAGGUCAAGCGUCUGGAAACUCAUUUGACAGUACAAGUUCAAAGAAAUCAAAUCUUCUGUCAACAGGUAGUUCAAAUUCAUUGCCAGAUGCCCAGGGGCUAGUUUCUGGGGCUAGAGCUACCGAUUCUGCAAGAAUUGCUAAAUUCACAACGGAACUAUCUAGGCCAGCUGUUAUAUUAGACAAAUUGCGUGAAUUAUCUUGGAGCGGUGUGCCCCCAUAUAUGCGACCUAAUGUAUGGAGGCUUCUUUUGGGAUAUGCACCGCCUAAUAAAGAUAGACGAGAAGGUGUUCUAACAAGGAAAAGACUAGAGUACGUGGAAUGUGUUUCUCAAUACUAUGAUAUUCCAGAUAGUGAACGCUCAGAUGAAGAAAUUACUAUGCUUCGCCAGAUUGCAGUUGAUUGCCCAAGAACUGUACCUGAUGUUACCUUUUUUCAGAAUCCUCAGAUUCAGAAAUCUCUUGAGCGCAUUUUGUAUACAUGGGCUAUCCGUCACCCAGCAAGCGGCUACGUCCAAGGAAUAAAUGACCUUGUUACACCCUUCUUGGUUGUGUUCUUAUCAGAGCACCUAGAGGGCAACAUGGACACUUGGUCUGUGGACAAUCUUUCAGCACAAGAUAUUUCUAACAUAGAAGCAGACUGUUAUUGGUGCCUCUCGAAGUUUCUUGAUGGAAUGCAGGAUCAUUACACCUUUGCGCAACCAGGAAUUCAGCGCCUUGUUUUUAGAUUGAAGGAACUAGUUCGUCGUAUAGAUGAGCCUGUAUCCAAGCACAUUGAAGAACAAGGAUUAGAGUUUCUUCAAUUUGCCUUCCGUUGGUUCAACUGCCUUAUGAUACGAGAGGUUUGUAUGGUAACACUUGAUAUAAUAUUUCUCAUACACCUCAGAAAAUUGCCAAUCUGUCUCAUAUCAUUGCAGGUACCUUUUCAUCUUGUAACACGUCUGUGGGAUACAUACCUUGCUGAAGGAGACUAUCUACCAGAUUUUCUUGUGUACAUAUCGGCUAGUUUUUUGUUGACUUGGUCGGACAAGCUGCAGAAGCUGGAUUUUCAAGAGAUGGUGAUGUUCCUUCAGCACCUUCCCACAAGGACCUGGGCGCACCAUGAGCUCGAGAUGGUCCUCUCCAGGGCGUACAUGUGGCACACAAUGUUCAAAAGCUCUCCCAGCCACCUUGCCAGCUAGGACUCACCCAGUGCAUCAUGCCUGUAAGCAGCAGUCUGUUCUGUUUUUUGUGAAGCCGUGUGCAUACUAUCGGUUGCGCCGCACCGAUUUGUAUAUUUUUUUUCCUACCGAGGAAUCAUGAUCUAUAAUGAACACCAAAGGACAAAUACUAGUGCUCAAUUUGAUACCCGGACUGCCAGUUGUAUUGUUUGUCCGCCGCUUGGUGGCGCAAGGCAUACACUCAAGAGUCAAGAUCCCCUUCCCAUUGUAGCCUAUACACAAUGCCUUUUUCCAACUAUAUGAGAUGCUUGUUCCCUGUUUUGUGAAAAAUACAGAGAAACACUGACCCUUA